GUGAGAGUUGGUCAAAGAACAAGAAAGUUGGAAUAGUCGAAGUAUUAUUUUUCUGGGUAUCAGGAAUUGGGAUUGCAGUGUAAUAAAAAUUGCAUAAUAACGUUCCAAAUUUCAGGGUUUGCAGAUCAACUCAAGACAUAAAAGAGCUGCCAGAAGAUGUACCAUCACCAUCACCAAGGAAAGAACAUCAACCCUUCUUCAAGAAUGUCCAUCCCUUCUGAAAGGCAUUUAUUUCUGCAGGGUGCAAACGGCCUCGGAGAAUCAGGACUUGUCCUCUCAACUGACGCUAAACCAAGACUUAAAUGGACACCAGAUCUCCAUGAGCGAUUUAUAGAAGCAGUCAAUCAGCUUGGAGGAGCAGACAAGGCUACUCCAAAGACAGUUAUGAAACUUAUGGGAAUUCCAGGACUCACCUUAUACCAUCUAAAGAGUCAUCUUCAGAAAUACAGACUCAGUAAGAAUCUCCAUGGACAAGCUAAUAGCGGGACCAACAAAUUUGGCAUGGUUUUAGUUGCAGGAGACAGGAUUUCUGAUGCAAAUGGAAGUCAUAUGAGCAAUCCAAUCAUUGGGGCACAAACAAACAAAAGCUUACAUAUAAGUGAAGCACUACAGAUGCAAAUUGAGGUGCAGAGAAGAUUACACGAGCAGCUUGAGGUACAGCGACAUUUACAACUUCGGAUAGAGGCUCAGGGGAAAUACCUACAGACUGUGUUGGAGAAAGCCCAGGAGACACUUGAAAGACAAAACUUAGGCACAGUGGGACUAGAAGGUGCCAAAGUCCAGCUAUCUGAAUUGGUGUCCAAAGUAUCAACUAAGUGCCUGAAUUCUGCAUUUCCAGGGCUGAAAGAACUGUCGGGUUUGUGCCCCCAGCGUGCACAGGCAACCCAACCCAAUCGUUCAAUAGAUAGCUGCUUGACCUCCUGCAAAGGAUCUCAAGAGGACCAUGAAACACGCAAUAGCAGGACAGGUUUAAGACCUUACAAUAGUAUUUCAUGCUUGGAGCCAAAAGAGAUGGUGGACUCGUCCAGACUACAGCAGCCUGAACUAAAGUGGUGUGAGGACCUGAAGGAAAGUAAAAUGAUUCAUGUUGAAAGAAGUUCCGACAAUUUAUCCAUCAGUGUUGGACUUAAAGAAGAAGAGAAGGGCAAUGGCGGUGGCAAUGGCAACAGCAGGAGUGGCAGCUAUUCUAAUGAAUUAUUAAAAGGAUGGAAUGAGGGCAACGAUUUUCUCCUCCAAAUUGACAAUAAAGCAAAUUUGGUUAAACUAGACAACGAGAGAAUCUCUCAAGAAUAUAGCCUGCCUUGUUUUGCGGCCAAACUGGACUUAAAUGUGGGUGAUGAAAAUGAUGCCACUUCAAGCUGCAAACAGUUUGACUUGAAUGGUUUCAGCUGGAACUGAUGAGAGAUUCCAGAUAGCAUGGCAGGAGAUUAAAUUAGAAAAGUUUGGGAAAAAAGCUAGAAACUCAAUCAGCACUGUAACCUGUUCUCUCAUCAAGGCCGGGUUAAAGGUAAAUAUCUAUGGAACAAGAGGGUAAUGACCAGGAAGCAAUCAAUUCAAACCUGAUAAUAAACUGAACCAACAAGGAUAGAUCUCGUUCAGAAAUUUUAGCAUUGUUUGCUGCAAAGAUUUGUACGAUCAAUCUAAUUUGUCACCAAGAGUUCCAGGGCCACAUGCAGAAUGUGAUUUGCAUAAUAUUGGAUUUUGCAAUGGAA